CACCGACAAGUCAUGUCUCGCUUCCAUAACCACAAAGUUAUAUUCCACAUAUAAGCUAGAGGAUACGGCCCCUGCAGCCGCUGUUAGUGGUAACUUGGUAAGUGGGCAUUAGCCGGCAGUCCGCAGCCGUGUUGUUUUCCCCGCGCCCAAUUCGCGUGUGUUGCUUGCCCGACGUUCCGGCUGGCUUUUUUCGUAAUUAGUCAAAUAUACAAUCGACACGAUUUCAUCGUCUCCGAGACCAACACUUCAUCAUGGACAACGCGUGGAGAGAUCUACGUUUUGCGCACUUGGCAAAGGAUCCGAAAUUCAGGCGGAUUCCCAGAAGCGAACGAAAAGUUAAAAUAGACAAACGUUUCAUAUCUAUGUUCAAAGAUAAGAAGUUUGCCGUCAAGUACACAGUCGAUAAAAGAGGACGACCUAUCAAUCAAUCUUCCUCGGAGAAUUUGAGGAAGUACUAUGAUUUAUCUAGCGACGAUAGCGAUUCCGCUGAAGGAUACUUAGAAUUCCUUGCCCAAGCUAAGGAAUCAGAAGAGCAAAAGCCCAAAAAACUUGCAGAAGGGACUAGAGAUAAGAAGGAGACUGUCGUUGGUCAGAAUCAAAAAGAUGAACAAGGCGAGGAGGAGAGUGACGGUGAAAACUUUUCCAGCAAUGGUAGUUUAUUGCUUGUAAAACCUUCAUCGUCUGCAGGCAACAGUUCGAACGAGCAGGAAAUCGCAGACGACUCUGCCGAUGAUACUGAUGACGAUAGUGAAAGAGAAGAGAAUGAACAGCAGUUAAAAAGCAGACGAAAGAAUGAAAAACAAUUGGAUAAUCAAGUUAAAAAGAAAUUGAGAGAUUUGACAGUAGAUUACGCUAGAGGCGAAGGAGUUUUGAUCUCCGACAGCUCAUCGGAUGAAGAAAGUUCUGAAUAUGAUGACGACGACGAUGAUGAAGACGAAAUAGAGCACAACUGGGGAGAAUUAGACAAGGAAGCGCCAACAACUGACGAAAUCACCCAUAGACUAGCUGCGUGUAACAUGGAUUGGGAUAGAAUCAGAGCUACCGAUCUUAUGGUGCUUUUCAAUUCAUUCCUGCCUACCGGAGGAUUAAUCCAUAGUGUGACAAUAUAUCCAUCAGAUUUUGGAUUGCAGAGAAUGAAAGAGGAAGAAGUUAAAGGACCUAUUGAAUUAGUAGAGCCCAAACAAGAGGUCAGUGACGAAGAUGAAGAGAAGCAGCAUACUGAUGAUGAAAACGGAGAAGGUUCAAGUUACCAUAUGGAAAAACUCAGAAAGUAUCAGCUCAAUCGUUUAAAAUAUUAUUAUGCAGUCAUUGAUUUCGAUUCUGCUAGUACAGCCAAUAAAGUCUACACCGAGUGUGAUGGACUGGAAUACGAGUCUUCUUCUACUAAACUUGAUUUAAGGUUUAUUCCCAAUGACAUGACAUUUCAGAAUGAGCCUAAAGAAGUUUGUGAUAAAUUACCUGAUCUGUCCAAGUAUCAACCAAGACAAUUCACUACUACUGCUUUGCAACAGGUGAAAGUAGAUUUAACUUGGGAUGAAACAAACCCAGAAAGACAAGAAAUUUCUCAAAAAUUGAACUCCGGUAAACUAGAUGAAAUUGAUAAAACUGAUAUUCAAGCUUACUUGGCAAGUGGAACAAGCGAAGAUGAGUCCGAGGAUGAAGUGAAAAAACAACUAAAAGGAAUAGGUAAUGCUGGCGAAGAUGAGGAUCCAAUUGAUAAAUAUAAAUCAUUAUUGAAAUCUAUCGAAGAAGCGGAAGAAAACAAAAAAAAUAAAGAAGUACAGCUAGAAUUUACAUGGGGAUUAGGAGCCAAAGAAAAGACUGAGAAAUUGGUGAAAGAGAAAAUGAAACAAACUGAGAACUUGACACCAUUUGAACAAUAUCUUGAGAAGCGAAAACUAAAGAAAAUAGCUAAACGAGAACAGAAGAAAAAAGCAGCAGAGGAGAAUGAUAAAGAUGAAUCGGACAGUGAAGAUUCUAUACCUGAUGGUAUUGAUAUGAACGACCCAUAUUUUGCAGAGGAAUUGAAAAAUACCAAACCCAAAGCUAAAAAACGAAAAAAUACCCCGAUUAAUGAUAAGCUGGACUCAACUGAUGAAGAGGAAGAAAAGAAACGUCAAGCUGAGCUAGAACUUCUGUUAAUGGAUGAAGAUGAUGAAAGUAAUAAAAAGCACUUUAGUAUGAAGCGAAUUGAAGAAGCAGAAUCUUUAACAAAAUCCAAGAAAAAACGUCUCAGCAAAAAGAAAAAAGACUUAAAAGAGGAAGCAGAUAAAGACAAUUUCCAAGUCGAUGUUAAGGAUUCCAGGUUCGAGGCACUGUUUACAUCACAUCAUUAUAAUAUUGAUCCAGCCGAUCCUCAUUACCGAAAAACAAAGGGCACAGAAGCUCUUGUAAGUGAAAAACUCAAAAGAAGAAGUGAAAAUGAUAAAGAUGUUAGAAAAGAAGAAAAAUCAACUGCUAAAGAAAAAAAUGCAACAAGUCCUAAAGUCAAUGCAGAACUCAACACUUUGAUUAAAUCCAUAAAGAGGAAUACUCAAAAUAUUAGUAAACAUGUAAAAUAAAUGAUUUCAUGUGUUAUACUAGUGUUGAUCUAAUAAUGUUGAAGUUAUUAAUGUACAAAAUAGUUUAUAUGUAAAUUAAUUGUUUAAGUAUUUAAAAAAUAGGUCUGCAUUUACAAUUUUUUAUA